AUGUACGAUAUCCAUUGCGAUAGUCAGAGCACAUUGGAUUUAAGCAAAAAUGCGAUGUAUCACUCUCGCACGAAGCACAUUGAUAUCAAAUAUCAUUGGCUACGUCAAGUAGUGGAAGAACAACAGUUCAAGUUGGAAAAGAUUCACACUGACGAAAACUCUGCUGACAUGAUGACGAAAGUUGUAACAGGGAGAAAGCUUCAGCUUUGUGCCGACUUGAUCGACAUGGAAUGCAU